UGGUAGCGGGAUGAACCUUCACAGGGACAACAUGAAACCACUCAACAGUAGAAUGAAAUCGUCUCGUUAUUAAAACUGUUGUAAUAUAUUAUAAAACAACAAAAUGUAGCUUUUGGAUAUAUCGUAAACUUAAAGAUGACUUCAAUGUAAAGAUCGAUAUGAAUAUAAUGAAAGUAGGAUGGAGUGUUGGCAAGAAGAAGUUAUUUCAACUGCAAAUGUCAACAAAGUCAUGCAUGGCACAUCUAGAGGUUACACAACGUGUAAGGUCUUCGUGGAGUAUAAAAUUGGCUCAAAGGACUGCUUCAUCCAAAGCACAGAAUGUAUUAAAAGAAUCAAACCAUGUUGAAGAAGAGAGAGUAAAACCAGAUAUGACCACUGUCCAUCAAUCUAUCCUAAAUCAGGGAUUAUCGUUACAUCAUAAACAUUCUAGUACACUUGUUCAUCUUAAUGAAAACUUACUGGAUAUCAAUGGUCUACAGUUACAGGAUACUGUUAUAGAUAAUCCAAAAUGGCUGACUCCAGAAAAACUUAAACAUAUACAAAAUGAAUUGAAACGAGACAGAAAGGCAGAAAGCCCAGCAAGUAAUAUAGAAUCACUUGUAGAUUGGACGUGGCAUGAACAGAAAAUUGAUUAUUCUAAACUCUUACACCAUUAUUUAAUGUUAUCAAAGAUCAGAUUGACAGGAUUGGUUGUAUUAACACAGAUGGCCGGUUUUGCUAUAGCACCAGGUGCAUUUGACCUGUGGACUUUUAUGUUUGCCACUGUGGGUACAUCUCUUACCUCAGCCUCAGCAAAUGCCACUAAUCAGUUUUUGGAAGUCCCAUAUGACUCGCAGAUGAACAGAACAAAAAAUCGAGUAAUUGUACGAGGAUUUUUAACACCAGCACAUGCUUUGUCAUUUGCUGCAGUUUGUGGAAGUCUUGGAGUUGUGACAUUAUUUUUUGGAGCUAAUCCUCUGACAGCAGGCCUUGGAGCCUUCAACUGGAUCUUAUACACUGUGGUUUACACUCCAAUGAAAAGAAUGAGUAUAACUAACACAUGGUUUGGGUCCAUUGUAGGAGCUAUACCCCCCAUGAUGGGCUGGGCUGCUGCCACAGGUGCACUGGAACCAGGGGCAUGGUUACUAGGAGCCAUAUUGUUUGCCUGGCAGUUUCCACAUUUUAAUGCUUUAAGUUGGAAUCUUCGUCCAGAUUAUUCCCGUGGUGGUUACCGAAUGAUGUCUGUGAUUAACCCUGACCUCUGUAAGAGGGUAGCGAUGAGGUAUUCAUUUGGAAUGAUUGGACUAUGUCUUUUAGCACCAGUUUUAGAUAUAACAACAUGGACGUUUGCAUUUGAUUCAUUACCUUUGAAUGGGUAUUUCGCUUAUCUCGGAUGGCGAUUCUAUCGUGAUGGUGACAGUAACUCAUCAAGGAAACUUUUUAGAUUUAGUUUAAUUCAUAUUCCAGUUCUUUUGAUUCUGAUGCUUAUAAGUAAGAAACAUAAAGACGAUUCUGAACCAAGCAGUGAUAUCAAACAUUUAACAACAAAGUUGACAGAAUAUAUAAAAACAAUUUCCAAAUAUACUAAUAAUUUAUAGUAUUAGUAAUGUUUUUGUGAAGUGUUUUUAAAAUGUCAGCCGAUUACAGUGUAGUGAUAAUGUGAUAGUUUAAGGAUUACUAGUGAAAGAGUAUGAUACAGGGAAAAUCUUCUUAUAGGUUUGUGCAUCCUCUAUUUCUCAGGACUUGUGUUCCCCAUUUCCAAUCAAACAAUCAAAUCAUUUUAAGGUGUAAGAAAAUGAGUUUUUAUAUAUCUGUGCAAAAUUAAACUUUCAUGUGUAACAUUAAAACUAGAAGAGUAUGAUACAGUAUUAUUACAGUAAACUUCC